UGCCCUCCCCUGAAGGGCAAAGUCCAGCGCAUCCUGCACUGGGCCUGGAAAGAGCCGCCGGCCGCCCCUCUCCCGCCUGUGCUGCUCACCCCGGACGCGGAGCUGGCUCUGCCCCCGCCAAAGGUGCUGGAGGGGAUCCCGGAGCGCGAGUUCUUCGUGAAGUGGGCAGGCCUCUCCUACUGGCACUGCUCCUGGGUCAAGGAGCUGCAGGUGAGCCAGCGCGGUGGUGCCGUGCCCCUGCCGGGUGCCUGCCUCUGCUGCCCGUGGGCUGAGCGUGGCUCCCUCCCGCCGCAGCUGGAGCUCUACCACACCGUGAUGUACCGCAACUACCAACGGAAGAACGACAUGGACGAGCCACCGGCCUUCGACUACGGCUCUGGGGAUGAGGACAGCCAGAGGGAGAAGCGGAAGAACAAAGACCCGCAGUAUGCCAAGAUGGAGGAGCGGUUCUACCGCUACGGCAUCAAGCCCGAGUGGAUGAUGAUCCACCGCAUCCUGAACCACAGCUUUGAUAAAAAGGGAGACAUCCAUUACCUGAUCAAGUGGAAAGACCUGCCCUAUGACCAGUGCACGUGGGAGAUCGACGAGAUAGACAUCCCGUACUACGAAAACCUCAAGCACCUUUACUGGAACCACAGGGAGCUGAUGCUGGGGGAGGACACGCGCCCUCUGAAGAAGCUGAACAAGAAAGGGAAGAAGCUGAAAGAGGAGAAGCUGGAAAAGCCUCCCGAAACGCCUCUCGUGGAUCCCACAGUGAAGUUCGACAAGCAGCCGUGGUACAUCGACGCCACGGGAGGCACGCUCCAUCCUUACCAGCUGGAAGGGCUGAACUGGCUGAGAUUUUCCUGGGCCCAAGGGACGGAUACAAUCCUGGCUGACGAGAUGGGGCUGGGGAAGACGGUGCAGACUAUUGUGUUCUUGUAUUCCCUCUACAAGGAGGGCCACUCGAAAGGGCCGUAUCUGGUCAGCGCUCCUCUCUCCACCAUCAUCAACUGGGAACGCGAGUUUGAGAUGUGGGCACCCGACUUCUAUGUCGUGACCUACACAGGGGACAAAGAAAGCCGGUCGGUCAUCCGGGAAAACGAGUUUUCUUUUGAAGACAACGCCAUCCGGAGUGGGAAGAAGAUCAAGUUUCAUGUCCUGCUCACCUCCUACGAGCUGAUCACUAUUGACCAGGCGGUGCUGGGCUCCAUAGAGUGGGCUUGUCUGGUGGUGGAUGAAGCGCACAGGCUGAAGAACAACCAGUCCAAAUUCUUUAGAGUAUUGAAUAGCUACAAAAUUGAUUACAAGCUGCUGCUCACCGGGACUCCGCUGCAGAACAACCUGGAAGAGCUUUUCCACCUGCUCAAUUUCCUGACUCCCGAGAGGUUUAAUAACCUGGAGGGGUUCCUGGAGGAGUUUGCAGACAUCUCCAAGGAGGACCAGAUCAAAAAGCUCCAUGACUUGCUAGGUCCCCACAUGCUGCGGCGGCUCAAGGCAGAUGUGUUCAAGAACAUGCCGGCCAAGACGGAGUUGAUCGUGAGAGUGGAGCUGAGCCAGAUGCAGAAGAAGUAUUACAAAUUCAUACUGACGAGGAAUUUCGAAGCCCUGAAUUCGAAAGGUGGUGGGAACCAGGUCUCGCUGCUCAACAUCAUGAUGGACCUGAAGAAGUGCUGCAAUCACCCGUACCUCUUUCCUGUGGCGGCGGUGAGGCUAACCAGGAUGCCUUCACAGGAGGCGCCAGUUCUGCCCAACGGAUCCUACGAUGGGAAUUCUUUGGUCAAAUCUUCUGGGAAACUGAUGCUACUCCAAAAGAUGCUGAAGAAGCUACGGGAUGGGGGUCACAGAGUUCUGAUCUUCUCCCAG